GAAACCGGAACAACAACAACACUCAACACACGCAAGCAUGGCCGAUGAACCGAUGGAAGCUACUUCUGUGCCCAAAAAGAAGGGCAAAAAGAAGCAGAAGAAGAAAUCAGAACCUGAAUCUUCUGUGUUUAUCCCGGGACGAGGUCAAAUUGAAGAGGAUGAAGAGCUUAUCGUUGACGAGUCUGCGUAUGUUAUGUUACAUCAAGCAACCACAGGUGACCCGUGCUUGAGCUUUGAGGUUCUCCAAGAUGGUCUGGGCAGACGAGAAAGUUUCCCAUGUUCCUCAUACCUACUGGGGGGCACGCAGUCAGAAGCCGGACAUUUCAAUUAUAUCUUGCUCAUGAAGAUGUACAACAUGCAUAAAACUCAAGUGAAGGAGAAAAACCCGGAUAAAGAGAGUGACGAGGAAGACAGUGAGGAGGAGGAGGAGGAAGAUGAGGGGAUGAGCGAUGAGGAAAGUGAAAACAAAGCGCCUCAACUCCGCCAGACCUACAUCAAACACAACGGUUGUGUAAAUAGAAUAAAGUCUACGACGGUGAACGAUCACGUCCUGUCUGCCUCCUGGUCAGAACACGGUGUUGUGUUUGUCUUCGACGUGACGGCCCAUGUCAACGUACUAGACGGCGCAGAAGACUUGAAAGAAUUCGAAUCCUCACACAGUCAGGUAGCUCCGUUGUUUUCCUUCUCCGGACACCAGAUUGAGGGCUACGCACUGUCGUGGUCGAAACUAGAUCCCGGUCGCUUACUCUCAGGAGAUUGCAACAAGAACAUAUUCCUGUGGAAGCCGACCAACAGCUCGUGGGAGAUCGACCAGAGGCCUUUUGUGGGCCACACAGCGUCUGUGGAGGACAUCAAGUGGUCUCCGAAGGAAAACAAUGUGUUUAUGACGUGCUCUGUGGACAAGUCGCUGCGGGUGUGGGACGCCCGGGCCAGUCCUGACACGGCCUGCAAGCUGGUGGCCUCGGAGGCUCACAUGAGAGACAUCAACGUGAUUGACUGGUCCGAGAACGAACCGCUGAUCAUCUCAGGGGGGGACGACGGCCUCAUUAAAAUCUGGGAUUUGAGAAAGUUCACGAGCGGCGUGGAGGUGGCGGUUUUCGAGCACCACAAGGGCCCCAUCACCUCGGUAGAGUGGAACCCGCUGGACAGCUCUGUGUUUGUGGCCUCUGGAUCAGACGACCAGGUCAGCAUCUGGGAUGUGGCCGUGGAGCGGGACGAGGGCGCGGCCAGCGUCGGGGAGGAGCCGGACGUCCCGCCGCAGCUGUUGUUUAUGCACCUGGGCCAGAAGGACAUCAAGGAGGUCCACUGGCACCCUCAGGUCCCCGGCCUCGUUUUCUCCACGGCUCAGAGCGGUUUUAACGUGUUCAAAACGAUAAGUGUUUGAGCCGGCGGACUAGGGUUGGGAAUUAUUAUGUGAAUAAAUUGCUUUGCAGAUAAAUUAUAA